UCCAUCCUGGGCUUUAUGGCCACAGGGCAGGGUGUGCAUAUCUCCGAGGUGGCAGAAUCAGGGCCUGGCCUGGCCUUCAUUGCCUACCCAUGGACUGUCACAUUGACGCCUGUAGCCCCACUCUGGGCUGCCUUGUUCUUCUUCAUGCUGCUGCUCGGUCUGGACAGCCAGUGUGUAGGAGUGGAGGGCUUCAUCACCGGGCUCCUGGAUCUCCUCCCAGCCUCCUACUACUUCCGUUUCCAAAGGGAGAUCUCCGUGGCCCUCUGCUGCAUCCUCUGCUUUGUCAUUGAUCUCUCCAUGGUGACCGAUGACGGGAUGUACGUCUUCCAGCUGUUGGACUACUACUCAGCUAACGGCACUACCUUGCUUUGGCAAGCCUUUUGGGAGUAUGUGGUGGUGGCUUGGGUUUAUGGAGCUAACCGCUUCGUGGAUGACAUUGCCUGUAUGACUGGGUACCGGCCUUGCCCCUGGAUGAAAUGGUGCUGGUCCUUCUUCACCCCAUUGGUCUGCAUGGGCAUUUUCAUCUUCACCAUUGUAUACUAUGAGCCGCUGGUCUACAACAAUACCUACGUGUACCCCUGGUGGGGAGAAGCCAUAGGCUGGACCUUUGCACUCUCUUCCAUGCUGUGUGUGCCCCUCCACCUCCUGGGUUGUCUCCUCAGGGCAAAAGGAACCAUGGCAGUGCACUGGCAGCACCUGACCCAGCCUAUCUGGGGCCUCCACCACUUGGAGUACAGAGCUCAGGAUGCAGAUGUCAGGGGCCCGACCACCCUGACUCCAGUGCCUGAGAGCAGCAAGGUUAUUAUGGUGGAGAGUGUCAUGUGACAGGCACCCCCAGCUCAUACC